CGUGCGGGGCCGUGCGGGCUGUGCCGGGGCGGGGGCCGCUCCCAGCGCUCCCCGCCCCGGGGCGGGACCGGCCCCGGCCCCGGCCCUGCCCUGCCCGCCGCCUCCUCCGGGCGGGGAGCCCCGAGCACCGCUCUGCUGCGGGGCCCAGCCGGGCCGGGCCGUGCCGUGCCGAACCGGGCCGGGCCGUGCCGGAGCGGGCCGGGCGCUGCCCGCGGUGCUGAGCGGCACGGGCGCUGUCCGCGGUGCUCCAGGGGCGGCCCGGCCCGGCCCGGGCACCCCGAACCCCCCCGGCCAUGGGGGCCCGCGCCGCCGGCCCGGGGGGGGACGGAUACAACGAGGCACUGCUGCACAAGACAAUCCUGGUUGGGGACAGUGGCGUGGGGAAGACAUCACUGCUGGUCCAGUUUGACCAGGGCAAGUUCAUUCCUGGCUCCUUCUCUGCCACCGUGGGCAUCGGGUUUACGGUGAUGUUGCUUGGAGACUCGGGCGUGGGCAAAACCUGCUUCCUGCUGCAGUUCAAAGACGGGGCCUUUCUCUCCGGGACGUUCAUAGCCACCGUGGGCAUAGAUUUCCGGAACAAAGUGGUGGCCGUGGAUGGUGUGAAGGUGAAGCUGCAGAUCUGGGACACGGCAGGACAGGAGCGUUUCCGCAGCGUCACCCACGCCUACUACCGCGAUGCCCAAGCCCUGCUCCUGCUCUACGACAUCACCAGCAAGAUGUCCUUUGACAACAUCCGCGCCUGGCUGACAGAGAUCCACGAGUACGCCCAGAAGGACGUGGUCAUCAUGCUGCUGGGCAAUAAGGCUGACGUGAGCAGUGAGAGAGCUGUGAGGACAGAGGAUGGAGCAUCACUGGCCAGGGAGUACGGAGUGCCUUUCAUGGAGACGAGUGCCAAGACAGGCAUGAACGUGGAGCUGGCCUUCCUGGCCAUUGCCAAGGAGCUGAAGCAGCGCGCGGUGCAGCCGCUGGACGAGCCCCACUUCCAGAUCCACGACUACAUCGAGUCACAGAAGAAGAAAUCCAGCUGCUGUGCCUUCUCCUGAGGGUGGCCCAGAGGAGCUGGCAGCCUGGGGUGUGAAGCAGAGCGGGGCCCCAUCCUGCCCUCAAGCUCUGACAAGCCAAGGUGGAUGGCACAGCACAGUCUAGCAGAGUGGAUGAGGAGGGCCCUUGUCCUGGUGCCAGGAUUCAGAUCCUGCUGCCGUGCAGAGCAGUGACCCGUGUGCCAUCGUGGGAAUCACUGUGGUGUGCUGACUGCCAGCCUGGCCUGCAAGCCACGGUGAUGCAUCACCUCCACACCUGAGCAGGGUGCAGGACACACAGCUCACUGAGGGACCCUUGGAGCAGCUGGAGGAGCUGUGCCAUGGAUGAGCCCCCUGCAGCCAUUCCUGCUCACAGUGCUGCUGUUGUCCAACUGGAAGGGCCUGGUCCAGCCCCCAUGCCCCUGGUGCUGCCAAGCUCUGGCUGCCCUCCAAGGAGCCUCAGCUCUGUCCCCCCAGGCUGCCCCACACCCCCGUGCCCACGCUCGGCUGUGGCUCCUCAUUUCUGCACUUGCUGCCAAUGGCUUUUAUCCUCCUGCCACCACAAAUGCAAUGAUGCCCCCAUUGUAUCCUGGCUCUGCUCGAGGGAAGGGCUGGGAUGGGGAAGGGUCCAGCCAAACCUGCUCCCUGCCCACACAGCUGGUGUGAGAAGUAAAAUUCCCCUGGGAGCAUCCGAGCAAUGCUUGGAGCGCUUCUGGUACACACAGCAAUUUGGAAAAACUUUGCUUCCACCAUGUUGCAGCCACAGAAAUUAGAGAAUUUAUUUUUUUUAACAAGUAAAGGCUUUUUCAUUUCAAUGCCUCCAAACUGAACCAUCUCCAGCCUCAUGCAGGAGCUGCCCACGAUGGCAUCACCCGGGGUGAUGCUUCAGUCCUGCUGCCUCCCAGGCCAGGCUGGGUUUCUCUCCUGUCACUGUCCAUGUAAUACAACUCUGCCUUCCUGCUGCUGGAACCCACUUUCUGGAGAUGCCUGAGAGCUUUCAUCCAGCAAACACUGCUGUGUUGGGCACUGGUGGGGCUCAGGGACACCCCUGGUGCUCAGCCCAGCUCUGUUGCUCCCUCGAGCACUGUCCACUCCCCUGAGCAGUCAGAUGGUGAAUAUUUGGUUGUGUAGCUGAAGCACUGAUGCAGAGAGCAGCUGUGGAGGGUAUGGCACUGCGUGUAGGAGUCAGGGACUGUCCAGCACUUCUGUCCCCAUCAGCAUCUUCCCUGGCCCUGCACCUGACUGCUCGUGUCUCACCUGCCCCGGUGCCUCCUUCACCUCUGCUCUGCCCCUGGGUCUCUCUUUGCAAGUUUACAGAUUAAAGCUGA